CUGUAGUGCUCAUUGCAAAAAUUGUAUAGCCUGUGAAUUUAGAUACAAAAAGGUUAUGUUUUUGACCGGUUGUUUAUAAAUCAAAAUACAAAAAUAUGUAAUUAAUAUUAUAAAUGCGAGCCUAACAGCGAGUUGUUAUAAAUAGGUAUAUAAUUAUGGAAGAAGACUUUAUAUUAGAGAAUAAUGACGAAAACUGUGAAACUUCUCACAUGGAUACAGAAGAAACAGAUAUUUUUACGUAUCCUACUCUGUUUAGUAGCAAAUCCUUAGUAGAAUUGUGCAACUCUUCUUGGUCGAGAUCUCAAAACGCGAAACAGAAUGUGCAGCCCUAUUUAAGGGGAUGUAAAUGGUCUCCAGACGGUACUUGCUGUCUCACAGUGGUUAAUAAUGACGGGGUUCACGUAACAGAGCUACCAAGAGAUCUUUAUUCUGGAUCCAUAUCCCCUGAUCGAACAAUUAAUAUAUUGGAUUCGGUUAUUCACGUUAAAGAGGCAGGUCUUGUCUAUGAUUUCUGUUGGUAUCCUGGUAUGAACAGUAGCAUACCUGAGACUUGCUGUUGGUUGACCACUCGUCAGAAUGCACCACUGCAGUUUUGGGAUGCUUUUGACGGUUCUUUGAGAUGUUCAUACAGAGGCUUCAAUGCAGUGGAUGAAAUGGAGCCAGCACUCUCGGUCACAUUUAAUAGUGAGGGGGAUAGAAUUGUAGCUGGAUAUAAGAAAUAUUUGAGAACUUUUGAUGUCGAAAGACCAGGAAGAGAUUUUGCAGAGCACAAGAUCAAUUCACCGGCUUCUUGUUUUGCUACACAUGAUAAUCUAUUAGCUAUGGGCUCAUGGAAUACAACUAUAACUUUAUACAAUAUCAGUGAAUUUGGAACAUAUAAGAGUAUUGGGAAAAUGCAUGGCCACUCAGGGGGUGUCACUCACUUGAAGUUUACUCAAGAUGGUCAAAAAUUAGUGUCGGGAGCGAGAAAGGAUCACAGGCUACUCAUUUGGGAUAUUCGUUAUUAUCAAAGGCCGCUGAAUGUAUUAAGUAGAGUCGUUGACACAAACCAAAGGAUAUAUUUCGAUAUAUCACCAUGCGGCAAAUAUUUGGUUACCGGAGGUACGGAUGGUGUGAUAAAAGUAUGGGACGCAGAUAACAUUGAUUGGAUUAAUAGAUUAGAUGCUACCGAUGACAAAGAUAAUGCUACAUACAGGUUUCCGUUGCAUAAAGACUGCUGCAAUAGCCUGUCAAUACAUCCGUUAAGACCAAUAUUAGCUACCGGCUCUGGUCAAUAUCAUUUCGAGGAUCCUGCCCAGGAUUUGGAAGAGAAUUUCGGAGUACAGGAAGACAUUACUGAGACUGAUAAAGGGUUAAGAAAUGAUAAAUACUCAAAAAUUGCUGAAAAUAGCUUAGGGUUUUGGUGGAUUGGGGAUAUUCCUCAAGUAACUUAGAAUUUAAGCACUCAACAUCUUUUGUAUAUAACUAUGAAUUUAAUUAUAAGUGAAAAGUGUUUCAUUUUCAUUCAUAUACAUUGACAUAAAAAUUAUAAUAUUAGUAUUCCUUACAAUUACAAAUAAUAUAUAAAGGGUCAAGAAUAUGUGAAGAAUAAAUUAUGAUUUCCUAA